AUGCGCCACGUCCCGGGCGGUCUCAGACCUGGAGGUCGAAGGUACUGUUCAGUUUUUGCAAAGAAGAAUCCUCUCCUAGAAUUCUUGGACCCGAGCACACAGAAGGCUACGCUUCUAGAAAUGGGACGCCGGUCAUCAGAUACUGAAGAAGAAAGCAGAAGCAAGAGAAAAAAGAAACACCGUAGACGGUCGUCUUCAAGUAGUUCUUCAGACAGCAGAACAUACAGCCGAAAGAAAGGUGGAAGGAAGUCAAGGUCAAAGUCAAGGUCUUGGUCCAGAGAUCUUCAGCCUCGCUCACAUUCUUAUGAUAGAAGACGCAGGCAUCGAUCAAGCAGUAGCUCUUCGUAUGGCUCUAGAAGAAAACGAAGUCGAAGUCGUUCAAGGGGCCGAGGGAAAUCCUAUAGAGUUCAGAGGUCUAGGUCAAAAAGCAGAACAAGAAGGUCCAGGUCAAGACCUCGGCUACGUUCCCAUAGUCGAAGCAGUGAAAGAUCCAGUCACAGAAGAACUCGCAGUCGGUCUCGGGAUAGAGAACGACGUAAAGGCAGAGAUAAGGAGAAAAGAGAGAAAGAGAAGGAUAAAGGCAAGGACAAGGAAUUACACAACACCAAACGUGGGGAAUCUGGAAACAUCAAAGCUGGAUUAGAACAUCUGCCACCAGCUGAACAGGCCAAAGCCAGACUACAGCUGGUUCUUGAAGCUGCUGACCAAGCCACCCUGGUAGAACAAGUAAAAAGAGUGAAAGAAAUUGAAGCCAUUGAAAGUGAUUCUUUUGUUCAGCAGACAUUCAGAUCAAGUAAAGAAGUCAAAAAGUCAGUGGAACCCAGUGAAGUGAAGCAUGUAGCUGCGGCAGCAUCAGGACCAGCGUCCGUCACUGCUGAGCCGCCCAGUAAUGAGAAGGAGAUCGACCCUGGCAGCAUCCCUACUGCCAUCAAGUACCAAGAUGACAACUCUCUGGCCCAUCCAAACUUGUUUAUUGAGAAAGCUGAUGCUGAGGAAAAGUGGUUCAAGAGGCUAAUGGCUCUCCGACAGGAGAGGCUCAUGGGCAGCCCCGUGGCCUGAGGGAUCCACGCACGGUUGAAUUAACAGGAGCAGUGGAAAGUUAGGUUUUUAAAUCCCAGUAUUAGAUUUUUACUCUUAAAAAGAAUUUAGCUGAUUAUAUAAAAAGAUAAUCUCAUUUCAUUUUUUUCUCAUGUAGUCUUGAAUAUUUGUUAAUUUGAAUUUAAUCAAACAUUGUAAAUGUUAAAAGUACUGUGAAAUUUAAGAAUGCAUGAAAAUGUCAUACUGUCAAUAAAGCUAAUGCUAAAAGU